GAAAUGGUGGAAGCAGCAGAAACACAGAGGAGAGAUAGCGGGAACCCAAGGGAUAUUUCUGCAGGUGGCCAUGUCUGUGUGGCCCCAGUCCUCCAGUAAGACCUUGCUUAGGACUGAGCAGAAAUGACCGAGACACCUGGCCUAAUAGAAGGAGAGGGUGGGGAGGCACCGGCUGCUGGAGACCUUGCCUGGCACACUGAUUUCGUGGCAGCCACAUCAGGUGUGACAUCAGAAGGACCAGGGGACAUUCUGCCAGCCUCUCCAGAGCUGGCCCACAGGCCUCCUUGGCGGGAACCUGUCCCAGGAGUGGCCCGUUCUGCACACAGAGAGCCCAGAGCGCCUCCGGGAAAAUUGGCUGAAUAAAAGGGCAAUCAGGACGCCACGGCUCCGCCUGAAGCUAUGGCCCAGCCCUACCCCCCUGCCCAGUACCCUCCUCCGCCUCAGAAUGGAAUCCCAGCUGAAUACGCUCCACCUCCACCACAUCCCGCACAGGACUACUCCGGCCAGACCCCUGUCCCCCCAGAGCACGGCAUGACCCUCUACACGCCAGCACAGACGCAUCCUGAGCAGCCAGGCACCGAGGCCAGCACACAGCCCAUCACUGGGACCCAGACAGUGCCGCAGGCGGAUGAGGCAGCACAGACAGACAGCCAGCAGCUCCACCCUUCCGACCCCACGGAGAAACAGCAGCCCAAACGACUACAUGUCUCCAACAUCCCCUUCCGGUUCAGGGACCCCGACCUGCGGCAAAUGUUCGGGCAAUUCGGGAAAAUUUUAGACGUGGAGAUCAUUUUUAACGAGCGGGGCUCCAAGGGUUUUGGGUUUGUAACUUUUGAAACUAGCUCAGAUGCUGACCGAGCCCGGGAGAAGCUGAAUGGGACGAUCGUAGAGGGACGGAAAAUUGAGGUCAAUAAUGCCACAGCCCGGGUCAUGACCAAUAAGAAGCCCGGGAACCCAUAUGCCAAUGGCUGGAAGCUAAACCCUGUGGUAGGAGCAGUCUAUGGGCCUGAAUUCUAUGCAGUGACCAGUUUCCCUUACCCCACCACGGGCACCGCCGUCGCCUACCGGGGUGCGCACCUGAGGGGCCGGGGCCGUGCUGUGUAUAAUACAUUUCGAGCUGCACCACCUCCACCCCCCAUUCCAACUUAUGGAGCGGUCGUGUAUCAGGAUGGAUUUUAUGGUGCUGAGAUUUAUGGAGGCUAUGCAGCUUACAGAUAUGCUCAGCCAGCAGCAGCCGCCGCAGCAGCCUACAGUGACAGUUAUGGUAGAGUCUAUGCAGCUGCUGAUCCUUACCACCACACCAUCGGCCCCACAGCAACCUACAGCAUCGGAACCAUGUGAAACCUUCCACCGUCUCCUUCUCGGACCAUGAAGGGCAAAAACAAAAAAACAAAAAAAAUCACAAAACAAAAAACAAAACAAAAAAAGAUGUUAAGAUCCAAGCAACAACAACAAAAAAUACCAACCAAACCAAGAGGCAUCCAACCAAGUCCAAGUCCACGUCUGGCGUAUACCCGCACCGAGGGAGCUCGUCCCCCAGGGGGCGCCGGAGAGUGGCUUUGCCUGGCUGGCGGUGCAGUGGGGAUGCGGCCAGGCACUGGGGAAAAUCUGGAGGGGAAAAGUGGCCAGUGGGUGUGGGGCGGGGGGGCUCCGGUAUCUAUCCAGUCUUCCUUUCCCACCCUGCUCCCCAGACAGGGGGUUCCUAGGGUGGACCAGGCCCCUGAGAAGGAGCAGCCAGCUGACUUGGGCUAUUGCCUGCUGAGCCCUGAAGGGGCUGGAGCAGUUAGGGGCCAGCGGCUUAUCACUCAUCCCAGGUCUCCAGCCUGGCCUCAUUGAAUGUUGCUGCCAGUGCCGUCAGCUAUCCAACCAGCCGCCCUGGGUUCCAACUCCCAAUGCAAAGGGCUGACACGGCUCCAGAACUCUGGGGCACCCCCAUGCUCCGCUCCCCUAUGUGAGAAAGCUUCCGGCUAAACAGAACAAAGAAAGCCCAGCCAGCGAGGACCCAGUCCUCACGCUGUGAACGUGGACAGGUGGGCCCUCGGGCACAGGGUUGUUUGUCGUGGCAGCCUCCCUGAAGGAGGCGCUGUGGGCUUGAAGGCCAGCCUCAGCUGUCUGCUAGGACCCAGCCCUGCUUUCCACUCCCUUCUGUAGGCUCGGUUCUGCUGGGGAGUGGGGAAUGAGACGGGCCAGCCCUGGGCUGCACCUCGAGGUUGGGAGUCAAGGUGCUAUGGGUCUGGAGAGUCACAGUCAGAGCAGGACCCAUGGGAAAGACAAGGGAUGGGGAAGGUCUGGGCUGGCCCUGUCACAGGGAAGGCCGCUAGGUUGCAGCCUGUUUGCUCCCUGGGCAGGUAAAGUAAGGGAGUCACGGGAAAGCAGCAGGCCCAGUGUAUGGAACAGGGAAGAGGUAUCAAGAAGCCCCUGGGCAAGGCAGGGAUAGGUGGAGUAGGGUUAACAGCAAAAAAAUAAAUAAUAACAGAAACCAAGGCUCCCGACGCGGCACCACUGUCUCAUGACACCUCAAAAGAAAUCACCUCACUUUCUAUCCAGCAGCAGCCACAGAAGCUAUGGAAACGGAACCCUCCUUUUCUAUUCCUGAUGUACAUAAUCCCGCGCCUGCCUCCGGCUCUGUCCUCUGUACAGAGCCCCUUGCCUUCUGCUGUUUCGGACCCUUUUCCCGCAGCCCCUCCCAGGACUGCAGCCGAGCCCCAGGCUUCCUUUCUUACCAUUCUGUAUGCCUCCACGGUGUGACCAUACAAAUUAACAGUAUUAUUAUUAAGAUUAAUAAAGAUUUCUUUCUUCAAACCA